AGGAGAAGGAGGAGGAGGGGAGAACAGGAGUUUCUUCCCCCCUCACCAAUCCAACUGUUCUUCAUCGGGCAGUCUGUAACAACAGACAUUCAGCUUGAGAGGAGGACACAGCAGACGCUUUCUUCUCCAUGUUAGAUCCUCUUCAGUCGGCAUGUUUUAGAGCAUCAGCACUUGAAAGUAUUCAGUCAAAGGAUGGACCACUCAGCUCUCCACUGCCUCAUCGGCCUGUAUGUCAUUCUCCUAACCAGGCUCCCCACUUACGCCACUCCAGUCAUUUUUAAUGAUUCUUCGGAGGGCAGUGGGCAGUGGGACUCUGAGAGCACAGGCCUGACCCCCACACCCACCAUUUCCUCCUUCAAUGAAUCGGUGAAAUCCACGUCCAUAGAUGGAGAAAAAAAUAGCAAAUCAUUCCUGGAUCAGCUGGUGGACUUCUUACGAGAGAACCACCUUCCCAUAAUCGUCAUCGCCACAUUGCUUUUUCUUAUCAUCACCAUCCUCUGCUCGGCUGCCAUUCUGAGUCGCCGACGUAAAGUCAGCACCUACUAUCCUUGCGCGUUCCCCUCCAAGAUGUACGUGGACGAGCGAGACAAGACCGGAGGAGAACGCUUCUUUAGCGAAGUCCCGGAGAAAGCCAACACCAGCUCCAGUGAGGAGCCAGUGAAUACAGCCAGGCAGCUCCAAGAGGACAUCAUGCUGGCUACCAAGAACCUCCGAACACCAAUCAAGACCACAUGGAAAGAGAAGAAUGAAGCGGCGGAAGACCAAAAACAAGCAGAAGACGAGGGGAGUGCUCAGUGCGAUAAGAGUCAGGUGGAGAGCUGUGGAGAGCUAGAAGACAAGACCACAAAUCAGUCUACGGUUGAGGAUACUGUGGAAAAGAGCUGCCCCAACAGGUCCCAGGACAGCAUCCCCGCUUUUGAAAUGGAAAAGACUGACCCCUCGGACUCCGGGCCCCCUGAAGAGAGCAAACAUUCAUCUGGGCCAGAGAAUUCGGAGAUCCAAAAGGAUACGAACAAACAGGAUGUUGCUACUUCUGGCUCACCAUUUAUCAGUGAAGAGAAAACAGCAUUUUAGCUUGGACAUUUUUAAAGCCUUGAAGGAAACACUUAAGAGGCAAAUACAGAUCAAAGUGUAUUCCUUGCAGAAAAUGUAGUACGAAGUAUAAUUAAGAUUGUCCAUGAAACAUAUAAGGCUUUAAUAUUGUUUGUAACCGUUUACUUCGGUUUUCUAAAUAUAAUCCGUUUUAAAUUGCUUAAGUGUAAAUGAUAUGAACGGACGCCUAUUGGGCGAGACAUAAAAACUGCUUUUUAAAUGUUGGUUGUUAUGAGUCUUCUUCAUUCGACAUGAUGACUCUUUAACCCUAAAUCAGAAAUGCUCUUUAUUCUUGUUCGCUUUACUCUCUAUUAUUAGCAAUGACAUCCAUAAAGCUUAUAGGGUUAAGGAAGUAGAUUGAGUGAAUGGCUCGCAAUGCACUAUAAACACACGCAUCCAAAAACUAAAACAAGCACACUUACUACUCCAAUUAAGGAGACAAGUCUAAGUGUAGAAAAGCCUUGCUGUGAGUCAGCUUACUGUUUACACAUUCUGGCUCUAAGUAUUUCCUUUCAAGGUCGAGAGGUAUUCAGCCACAGCAUGUCCUAUGCCACCUUUCAAACUGUUUAGUCUAAGAUAAGUUAGUCUCAACACAUACUUUAUGAAGAACACAAUAUUCUUAAUAAAAUUACAAGAUUUGACCACAUUUCAUACUUCGUUAUUUAAAUGUUCAAGAUAAUCCGACAACUAGAAAAGAAUGCUGGUCAGCGUUAUAGUUUGCUUUAGAUCUACUGAAGCUGCGGAUUUGUUGGCACGCGACUUGUAGCGUAAGAGCUAAUAAAACAAACCUCAAAUUGAGAUGUGCAAUCAUAUUUUUAAAUGAAUAACAUAUACUGGGUGCAAAAUCAGCUCAUUAUUGUAAAUUAGCAUCAUGUUUCUAGAUACGGGUAUGCAAUAUUAAUUCCAAUGCCCACAUGAUUGAGGUUUACACAAGCUUUAUUGAAAGUACUGAUGUUUCAAAGGCCAUCAAAUAAAAUCCGUUCAGCAUAAUCACAUUGUCGUUCUGUCAAACUAAAAUAAUAGAAUAAGAUAGUUUGUGUGCGUGUUCAGCUAGCUUUUUCAUUGCAUCAACAUAUCUAAACACAUAUGGCUUAGACUGUAACAGUGUUGGUCAGUACUUUUACAUUGUGCGUUUAAAAGACUGGCUACAGUGCAAGAGUUGGAGAGCUUUGGUCUAAACUCAAAGGGAGGAUGAAGAGCAUUGAUUCUCAACUGGUUUUGCUUCAAGACUCAGAUUUUGCAUUGGAUUUCAAACGGUGAUCUUACCCCGAAUGCUGCAAUUUAUUAGCAUGAUCUGUGCAGAGUAAACAAUAUAUAAAGAAAAAAA